AUUUUUCCGACUAAACUACUUACUAUAUUAAAGGGUUUAUGUAAUUUUAGUUUAAACAAUUUAAAAGUAAAAAAUUGCAAUGUUUUUAAUGCAGCUGUGAAAAACUUUAGUUAUAGAACCGCAAAGGAUAAUUAGAAAAGCAAAUAGGAAAAACAAAGAAUAAAUAUUUUUUUAACUUGACUGGGUGUGCUUGGUAGUUUUGAUUCGUAGACAAUAUCGGCAAAAUACAAAACUAAAAUGGUAUCCUUUAAUGUACCACAACGAAAAAAUGUUCGUAUACUGUUAGUGGGUGAUGCGGGCGUAGGUAAAACUUCCCUAAUUCUCUCAUUGGUAAGUGAAGAAUUUCCGGAAGAUGUACCACCUAAAGCGGAAGAGAUAACCAUACCCGCUAAUGUUACACCCGAACAAGUACCUACAAAUAUAGUGGACUAUUCAAACAUUGAACAAACUGAUGAAAUCUUAAAUGAAGAAAUCGUUAAAUCUCAUGUUGUCUGCAUUGUGUACGCUGUGGACGAUGAUGAUACUUUGGAUCGUAUUACAUCUCAUUGGUUACCUUUGAUACGCAAUGCGGUGGGUGAAGAUCAACCUAGAAAACCGGUUGUUUUGGUUGGCAAUAAAGUUGACUUGAUUGAAUACUCAACCAUUAAUAGUGUUCUAUGCAUUAUGGAGGAAUUUCCCGAAGUCGAAAGUUGUGUAGAAUGUUCUGCAAAGACUUUGCACAAUAUAUCCGAAAUGUUUUAUUACGCACAAAAGGCAGUAUUACAUCCAACAUCUCCCCUCUAUAUAAUGGAAGAACAAGAUCUCACUCCUGCUUGUAAAAAAUCUCUGGUGCGUAUUUUCAAAAUUUGUGACAUUGAUGGUGAUAAUCUGCUGAAUGACUACGAGCUAAAUUUAUUCCAAAGACGUUGUUUCAACACUCCAUUGCAGCCACAGAUUUUGGAUGAAGUUAAAUCGGUUAUACAGAAAAAUGUAGCCGAUGGCAUUUACAACGAUUCGGUAACACUAAAGGGUUUCCUAUUUUUGCACUGUCUAUUCAUACAGCGUGGCCGCAAUGAAACGACUUGGGCGGUCUUAAGACGUUUCGGUUACAAUGAACACCUGGAGAUGUGCAAAGAUUAUUUGAAGCCUACAUUGAAAAUACCACCAGGAAGCAGUACCGAGUUAUCGCACAGGGGCCAACAGUUCUUAAUCGCCUUAUUCGAGAGAUAUGACAAGGAUGCUGAUGGAGCUCUAUCGCCCGAGGAGCAUAAAAUGCUAUUUAGCACUUGUCCUACGCCACCCUGGUCAUAUUCCACGGAUAUACGCAAAUCGUGUCCAGUUAAUGAGAACGGUUGGGUCAAUUUAAAUGGUUGGCUGUGUCGCUGGACUUUGAUGACCCUGAUAGAUGUUUGCAAGACCAUGGAAUAUUUGGCUUAUUUGGGUUUUAAUGUUCAUGAAAAUGACACACAAUUGGCGGCCAUACAUGUGACACGAGAGCGUCGCAUUGAUUUGGCAAAACGACAAAGCAGUCGUUCAGUGUAUAUGUGUCAUGUCAUAGGGCCCAAGGGUUCGGGAAAAACUGGCCUAUGUCGCGGAUUUCUCUUAAAGGAAGAUUUGAAAUCUUUAAUAGGCAAAGAGUUUAAAACAAAUGUCAUACACUGUUGUAAUACUGUCCAGGUCUAUGGCCAAGAGAAACACUUAAUUUUACGAGAUAUCGAUGUUAAGCACGCUUUAGAUCCCCUACAACCCCAAGAAAUUAAUUGUGAUGUUGCCUGUUUGGUCUAUGAUUCUUCCAAUCCCCGUUCUUUUGAAUACAUUGCACGCAUUUACAUUAAAUACUAUGCCGAGAGUAAAAUUCCCGUCAUGAUUGUUGGCACCAAAUGCGAUAUGGAUGAACGCCGUCAGGAUUAUCUCUUACAGCCUGCCGAAUUCUGCGAGAAAUACAAGCUGUUACCACCUCAUCUUUUUAGCUUGAAAAGUGACAAGAAAGAGUUGUAUGUCAAAUUGGCUACCAUGGCGGCUUUUCCACGCUUUCAAGCCGCAUGGAUACUAUUUUACAAGCACAGGUUGGUACAGCUGUGGGAAUCGGCCCAUCUACGUCAAUUUGGCCUAAUGACUGAAGAUCCUACUUUGUGGUGGAAGGCUAGUUUGGGUGUAGCUGCUGCCACCGUUUUAGGUUUUGUGGUAUUGAAGGCAGUUCAUGGUCUAACCUCGCCCUCUCGUUAAAUGUGACCAGCAAAACACUACUACUUACAUACAUAUUUAGUCCUACACAUACAUAUUUAUCCUCUUUUAGUCCUCCUCAUAAUCAUCAUAAAUUAUAAGCUAUAGACACAACCAAAUUGGUCUGCCUGUCUGUCUUGUUUUUAGUUUUCUUUGUAAAUAUUUUACAAAUUGUAUGUUGUUUUCAUUUGUAAUUUUAAUCAGGUUAUUUAAGCAAUUUUUAUUUUAAACAAUUAUAAGAAAAAUUUACAAUUUACAAUUUAAUGGAGGUUGAUCAAAUCAUAUUAUACAUUUAAUGGAUACAAACAUAUAAAAA